AUGGAAACAUCGACAUACCCCCCGCCACGUGCAGGAGCUCUUCACCACGAGUCCAUCAUUCGCUACUUGCUGGAGCGAAUGAUGGACGCACGCAACGAUAACCCACCUGAGAGCGUCAGAGGCACAGCACGCGUCUGGAGUCCUGCGGACCUCGUUGCGGCGCUAGAGGCCGCACCAGCCAUCAAGCUGACAUCUUACCGAGCGCUCGAAGCCGCUACCGAAAUUCCGCGUACCACUCUCACGCGGGCCAUGACGAACCAAGAUAGAAUUCGGCGUGUCGCUGGGUCUGUAAAGCCUUACCUCAGCUCCGACCGCAUACACAAGCGCAUUGAGUUUGCUCUUUCGUUCGUGGAUAAUGCUGCUGGAGGAAGUUACAGGUUUAACUCAAUGAAUGACACGAUCCACAAUGAUGAAAAAUGGUUUUACCUUUGGAAAAAACGUAAAUCGUAA